GUUAAAUCUGUCAGUCUACCAAGAUGAACUCAGGCAAUUAUAGGACUACCAACGGGGCCUUGCAGCCACCCGACCCUGAUCUCGUGUUUCGUUAGCAUCUGCCAGCAGUAUAGUUCUCGGUGAGCCCGGGGAGGCGGAACACCAUUGUCGAUACAAAGUAACAUAAAAGCUACACGAAAUAUAUAGAGCCAAAACUACAACGUCAGACGACGAACAAAGACAGAUAGCCUUAAGAUGCCUUCAGCAACAGUUGGCAACAAUGCUGUUCAGUCCUCUAGCCCAGAGUUGGGUUCUGGAACCCAGUCUGAGGCCAUGAAGCAGGUCCUGCAGGUGAUAGACAAGAAGGUCCGCAACAUGGAAAAGAAAAAGGGCAAGCUGGAUGACUACCAGGCCAAGAAGAAUAAAGGAGAACGGUUGAACCAGGAUCAGCUGGAUGCCUUGACCAAGUUCCAGGAAGUAACCAACAACCUGGAUUUUGCAAGGGAGUUGCAGAAGAGCUUCCUGUCUUUGGGGCAAGAGAUCCAGAAGGCAGUGAAGAAGUCUGCCCGGAGGGAGCAGCUACAGCGGGAGGAGACGGAGCAGAGGCGUCUGAAGACUGUUCUGGAGCUGCAGUUCCUGCUUGACCGGCUGGGGGAUGAGCAGACGAGGCAGGACCUGAAACAGCCCGCUGCAGGCUCCCCCCUGCUCACCGAUGCUGACCUCACCGCACUGGACAAUUUCUACAAGCUGGUGGGCCCUGAACGGGACCAUGACGUCCGGUUGACUGACCAGUAUGAUGAGGCCUCCCUACACCUAUGGGAACUGCUAGAGGGCAGAGACCAGGCUGUGGCAGGAACCACAUACAAGGCACUGAAGGAGACCCUGGACAAGGUGCUGCUGAGUGGCUAUUUUGACAGAGCACAAACGCAUCAGAACGGCACGUGUGAAGAAGAGGAGCAAGAAGAAGAGGAGGAGCAGCAGCAGUCUGUGGUGCAUGAGUCAUCUGGGAGCAGGGAGCAGCCCGCAGAACCAGAGCGAACAUUUACGCAAGAAUACACAGAGGCCAUUGAAGUAGAAGCCACAGAGUUUGUAAACAGACAGUUCAUUCCAGAAACCACAUACAGCAGCACUGGCAAUGACCAAGUAGAGGAGUGGACAGCAGAGGUCCAGGUGGUCAAUGCCCUCCAGCACCAGUCUCCUCCCCAGAUGACCCCCGAGCCCCACACUGUGAACCCAGUCUCCCACACGCCUGACCCCGUGGUCCGGAAGCAGGUCGUACAGGACCUCAUGGCCCAGUUGCAGGGGACCUAUAACUUCAUGCAGGACUCCAUGUUGGAGUUUGAUGGCCAUGCCCUGGACCCAGCCAUCGUGUUGGCCCAGCCCAUGAAGUCUGCACAGAGCGUGGUCCUGCAGCACAUGGGAGUGAUUCGUUUUCGGGAAUGGGGUGGUGUACCUAAUAAACUGGCCGUUCAUUCAGAAUCAAGACUUUCUCAAUCAAGCUCAGUUCCUGAAUCUACACACGUCCCCAUGGUCUCCUCCACAUCUGAUGGCUACUCCUCCACAGCUCCCCUCUACCAGCCCUCCCACACAGCAGAGCCCCGGCCACAGACAGACGGCACCGACCACAUCCAGGCCUCGAUGUCCCUGUCGUCUGAGCAGUCCCCCGCCCCGUCCUCCUUGCCCUCUGCCUUCCCGCCCGUCUCCACCCCCCACAGCGGCGGCAUCAAUGUCAACGCAGCACCAUUCCAGUCCAUGCAAGCGGUGUUCAACCUGAACGCCCCCGUGCCCCCCACUAACGAAGCAGACAGUCUGAAGCAGAACCAGUUCCCCAGCGGCUACGGCCAGGGCUUCAGCAGCCAGGCGGAGCACUCCGUGGAGGAGCCUGACAUCCAGCAGGACACUCUACAGUCCGCUGUAGGAGGCUUCCACACCCAAGAUCAAGUGAUGUCAGUGGCAGCGGGCCACCAGGUGCAGUCGUCCCAGGGGCCAGGCAUUGGGCGGCAAGGCCAGUCCUUCUAUAACAGCAGGGGGGGCGUGUCUCGCGGAGGCCCUAGGAACCCACGGGGCAUGAUCAAUGGAUACCGAGGAUCCUCUAACGGCUUCAGAGGAGGAUAUGAUGGCUAUCGCCCUCCCUUCUCGAACACUCCAAACAAUGGUUAUGGGCAACAGGCCCAGUUCAGCACGGCGUCCCGGGACUACCCCAACAGCACCUACCAGCGGGAGGGAUAUCAGCCAGGCUACAAGCGGGGAGCAGUCCAGGGACCUCGGGGUUGCUCUCGAGGCCGGGGGGGACUGUUCAAGCCCAGCCGAGGGAUGGUGACCCAAAUGGUAGGACAUCAAGCCAAUUAGUCUUGGAUACCAACAACUCUUCUCUCCACCUAGGGCAACCUUAAACAUCACCUCUACACUCCUGGACCAUCCUUCCCCUGAUCUGACUAUUCCUCUCCAUAUCAACCUCUAGGUUGAUUUGGUGAAGCCUGGGUCUGAAGCCAUAUGUCCCACCCUUAGCUCUCCUACAAUCAUGCUAUUGCAUAGCCUUAAACUGAUCAACCUGGAACGUGUGUGCCUUUGCUGUUGGACUGUUUAUUUGGAUCUUUGCUUAGUAGGCAAUCAUUUACAAAAAGUGGCUGGGGCUAGUGACAGGCUUUGGAAGCAUGACACGAAAGACCAAACAAUAUGUUGACUGCGGUCAUACCACACAAGGAAAUGUUUUGUCUCAAUGUGAAGACUGUUUAUACUGUACAUUGUAUUGCCAUGGCAUGUUUGGGAGUAAAGUCUGCACAAAUGUGUAGUCUAAGCAGGUUGUAGGUCUGACUGAAUGACUUACCCAAAAUGAAGAUUUCUUGUGUGUACAUUUUGCUCUGGCCAUAUGGUAGCUGAUAGUGAUGCACUGAAUAAAUGCACUGUUCUGUAAA